CGAAACUACGUACAUAAACCUUGGUAAAGGAAAAACAAGGGAGUCACUUCAACAUGGCGAACCAGACAACCAUUGCAACCGAAUUAUUUGUGACUGUCGACGUAAGGCGCAUCGAAACCGAAGACACUUUGGCACUGCGGCAUUCGGUUUUGUGGCCCACCAUGCCACUUUCCUACGUCCGCUUGCCUGAAGAUGAUCUUGGUUACCACUUUGGCGCGUUCUUACCAUGCUCCGAUAAACCUGUCGCCGUUGUCUCGUUGUUUCUUGAGGCCAUUCCGGUAACCUGCGGCGAAGCCAGUGAACUGGCUGACAACAACGCGGCUGCUCUUCGGUUUCGGAAAUUUGCAUGUCACCCUAACUUCCAGGGUAGGGGGAUCGGAACGAAGUUAUUGAACCAUGUCAUGGCCGAAUGCACGAGGUUGGGUGCAACGGUCUUGUGGUGCGAUGCGCGAGUGAGCAGCUGCGACUGGUACAGCCGAAGGGGGAUGGUGGCCUUCGGGGUUCCGUUCUUCAAAGGGUCCGUAGAGUAUACUCGCAUGAAGGCGGAUCUUUCCAGGCUUAGCUCGGGGGUAAUACAGCAAGAUGAUAUGACACUCCUUCUGUGACACUUAGAGUCCGAGGGCAACCUUUUCAUUAUUCUAGAUUAUUAUUCUAGGUUAUUCCCCUGCCAGUGCGUUGUCUUUGUCGGCAACAAUUCUGAGCUGUUUUUCAGAAAC